UUGCACUGCACAUGGUGAUGGUGUGGUGAGACCAGAGAGAUGAAAGAGAGAAAGAAAGGUUGGUUUAUCUGGCAAGGCUCAUGGUUACGUAGGGAGAGGGCAUUAAUGUCAGAACAAGAAACUGUCACUGAAUUUUCCCAUUAAAGAACAUUACAGCCGACAGAGACAACAUGGGCAUUAUGGUAAUAUAAAAACUGGUCGGUUAACAAGUCUCUUCACUUGUGUUCAACGUCCCUCACCACACCACACCUCACCUUGGAACACAGAACUCACAAACCAAACCAAACUUUACAUCAUUGGAUAAAAGCUAAGCAACAAACAAAACCAUUUGUUAAAGACAGAGCAUCUAUCUUCCUCUGUUCUGUUCUGUUCUGUUUUUGCUCUGUUCAGAUUCUCUCUCUUUUUGUGUCCCUCUCCUACCCCAUCUUCUUCUUCUUGCUUCAAAGGACCACUUUGCUUUCAAUAACCCAGUUUUGCAUUUGGGGUUUGCCUCUUGAAUUGAGAGAGAAAUCAAAAAGUGUUUUUUAAAGAAAAAGUUGAUGACUUGGAAAAGCAGGGGAGAGGCAUCUUCUAGAAACGUUAUACACCAGAGAUGGGCACUUUUCUUGUGCCUUGGAAGCUUCUGUACUGGGAUGCUAUUCACUAAUAGGAUAUGGAGUGUUCCUGAAUCUAAAGGACUUGCAAGACCAACAGCUACAGAAGCUGAUCAAUUGAAUGUAGUUUCAGAGGGUUGCAAUUCGAGAGUUUUGCAAGAGAUGGAAAUGAAGCGCGAAUAUAGUGAAGAUUUCAAGAGUCAUAACUCCAUACAAAAUUUGGACAAGACUAUUUCAAAUUUAGAGAUGGAAUUGGCUGCUGCAAGGGCAACUCAAGAGUCUGUAAGAAGUGGUGCUCCUGUUCCAGAAGAUAUAAGGAUUAGUGAUCAGUCACCGCGUAAGAGAAAGUACCUUAUGGUGAUAGGUAUUAAUACUGCAUUUAGCAGCAGGAAAAGAAGAGACUCGGUUCGGGAAACCUGGAUGCCGCAAGGUGAGAAAAGAAAGAAGCUAGAAGAAGAGAAGGGCAUUAUCUUCCGCUUUGUAAUUGGACAUAGUGCUACAUCAGGAGGUAUUCUAGACAGAGCUAUUGAAGCAGAGGACAGAAAGCAUGGAGAUUUCUUGAGGCUGAAUCAUGUUGAAGGAUACCUUGAAUUGUCCGCAAAGACAAAAACAUACUUUGCCACCGCUGUGAACUUAUGGGAUGCUGAUUUCUAUGUCAAAGUUGAUGAUGAUGUUCAUGUAAAUAUAGCAACACUGGGGGAAACUCUAGUUAGACACCGAUCAAAGCCGCGGGUAUACAUUGGAUGCAUGAAAUCCGGUCCUGUCCUAUCCCAAAAAGGGGUAAGGUAUCAUGAACCUGAGUAUUGGAAAUUUGGCGAAUCUGGAAACAAGUACUUCCGCCAUGCCACAGGGCAGUUAUAUGCCAUUUCAAACGAUUUGGCAACCUACAUAUCAAUGAACCAGAAUGUUCUUCACAAGUAUGCCAAUGAGGAUGUGUCACUAGGAUCUUGGUUUAUUGGACUUGAUGUGGAGCAUAUUGAUGAUCGAAGACUUUGCUGCGGCACUCCUCCAGAUUGUGAAUGGAAGGCCCAGGCAGGCAACAUUUGUGUUGCUUCAUUUGAUUGGAGCUGCAGUGGAAUAUGCAGGUCAGCUGAUAGGAUUAAAGAGGUACAUAGGAGGUGUGGGGAAGGUGAGAAUGCUUUGUGGAGUGCCUCUUUCUAACUCAGGAAGAUUACUACCCCAGAAAGAAAGCAAGCCUGCAAGAUUUUUUUUCUUUUUUUCCAUAUUUUUGUCCAGUAUAUAGAUGUAUCAAUCAUUUUAUAAGGAGUGAGAGAGUGUGUGAGGGAGAGAGGGAAUGGUUGCCCCCAUGGACCUUCUGCAAUUUUAAGAGGAGAUUGACCAUGGUAGCACUAGCCAGAAGAGGACACACAUGGUAUAGUCAACAUUCAUUCUUUGAUGCUUGAAGGGUCAUUCUGUUUGUUAAUAGUUCUAUGGCUUUCAAGUUUCAAGCUCCUAAUAAAGAUAUAAUGGGUGGCUUUUGCUACCCUUCUUUGUGCCUGAA